AUGAUAGCAUUAAUUGCUAUUGGACAGAAUCCAUUAAUUCUAUCGGUGACAUGUAGAAAUUAUGGUAAAGUAUUAUUACGUGGUCAAUUGGAUGAUUGUGUUCCUGAAAAUUUUCGUUGUUUUCUGAGAAAUCCAAUUGUUGUCAAUUUAACUGAACUUGUCUGUAUUAUGGAUAAUGAAAAUGCGGCAAUCAAAUCACCACUGGUAUCAUGUGUUGUGACCGGAAAUGUUCCAUUAAUGAAAGAGAAAUGUUCGGAGGAAGGAGAUUGUCAUUCGGUAACAGUAUCAUGUCCAAUUGCAAAAGAAUUGGAUAACGAUAUCAUCAGUGAUAAUAAUGUGAUAGAACAGGAGCAAAAUAUUAUCACCGAAAAAGCACUACAUCAUCCACCUCUUCUAUCAGUUUCUGCACCAGAAGAUAGCUCUCGAUCAUGCUUCUUCUUUAGCGAUAACAAAACUAUAGGAAUGGAUGAUAGUAAUAGAGGUAAUGGCGGUAAUUGCAUGCCAGUAAAUGCAGUUUGUCGUAUGGUUGAAAUGACAACAGUUGGAAAAUCAUCUGUUGCAUGUACUGUUCAAAAGAAUGAAAAAUUGCAUGAAUGCUUGAUAAUUUGGGAAACGGAUAAACAACGCUGUCACGAUUCCAAUUGUUUAAGUGUACAUUUAAAUUGUCCAGUAUUGGACGAAUAUGAAAUGGUUUUGCCAAUUCAAAAAAGUAAAACAGGAGUUCUCGGUCUCGUACUAUCAUUAGCGUUCUUUACUGGUGUAAUUGCUGCCUGCAUUGGAAGUUACUUUCAACAAGUAUGUUUGAAAACGGCAGAUAUCAGAAAUGAUGAAAACGAUGAAAAUGAUGCUAAAUAUUGUGGAAAUAGUAUCUAUCCUUCCUCAUACACAAAUAAAUAG